AGAGCUCUAUUAAUCUCACAUUAUAAGGAGAAAAACCAGCUUAGCAUUGUAAAAUGUUUUCUGUAAGCUUUGUUUGGCAACUCUUAAAGCAAAAUAUUUGUUCAUUCCCUUUUACUGACCCAACCUCCACUGCCUGCAUUACUUUUCUUCAACUUACGGUUUCUGGUAAACAAGAAAAGACAAGCCGCUUCUAAGCCUCAUCAUGACUUCAGAGUCUGCUCAGUAUUAGAUCUGCUUCAGUGAAACAUAGAUUUGUCCCGAAAAACCCGAUUCGCGUCUUCAACAGCCUGGUUUUUAACUGCAAUAUGCUGUUCUCUCUCGCAAAGUAUAUGGAAAGAAUAAGGAAGAUGGUGUGUGGCUCUUCAUAAAUAAUGAAUAUCGAACUAACUGCAGUAUUUUGUACACGAACUGCUCAAGUGACACAGAAACGAUAACUCUUCAUUGCAGAACAAAUGGACUUUGCAAAGGGAGCUUAGCUACUAAGGUGGUGCGUCCAUCGGAAAACGUAUGUGACGACAGCAAUUAAGACACUCUCCACAACUUUGUGCAACACUAAACACGUGUAAUACACUGUUACUGCUGCUACUGGUAGCAGGGGACUUAAUCCACACUAAUCUGUCAACUGAGCCCUCACGGUACCAACAGCAAGUGGACAAAACCACAAAAUGCACGACUCCUCUGUGUACAAUGGACCCUACCCAACCCUCCCUCCCUUCUAUUCAAUGCACCCGACUGACCUAUGACGUACUGCCGUUAUUUGAAAAGAACGAUCUGAUCAACGACUGACAUGAAAGCAAAUGAUCUCUAAGUUCCUAGCAUCUUGCUUCGCUGUAUCGUAGGGACGACUGUAUACCAACUUCUGGCUCAGCUGUGAAACUCUUCUCCGAACUUUCAGCGGACUGUCCGUGUAGCUUGGACAGUAGCGCACGUGCUGCCUUCGCAGAAGUGGUCAAUCGUGAAAUUACCGCCUACGCCUGAACGGAAACCGCCUCGAUUAUCAGGUUUUUGUUAAAGCAACUGGGACUGAGUCUCAGGAGAUGAAGGAGCUGAAGAGGUGUGCAGUUUCAGUCAGAUAGCACUUUAACAAUUAAAGAAGAAAAAUUGACUGUAAUCUUAGAAGAGGAAGCUAUGUCUGCCAUAAUCAAUCAAGUCCAGGUCUCAUGUUUACACAGCAUAAAGACUGAACCAAGGUCUGUAGCUGAUCUACAAGAAGAGCUAAAUGGUAAUGUAAUGCUUGAGGCAGAAAGCACAUUUUGUUCUUCUACAAAUAUGACAUAUUGCUCACAAAUUAGAUGUGUACAGCUUGAAAGCAUUUCUGGUCCAGCUUACAUAAAACCUGAGCUUGCUAAGCAUAUUCCUCAAUCAAACUGGAAACAUGAGGAUGCUGUAAAACUGGAGCUAAACUCUCAGGAUGCUAUUUAUUGUAUUAAAACAGAGAAAGUUCCUGGUGAAGAACUUCAUCACAUAAAACCUGAGUAUGCUGUACACAUUGAGCAGUCAGAUUCUAGUCAUGAGAGUGCUGUGAAAGUGGAGUGCAUGUACCAAUGUCAAGAUAUCACCUGUUUAAUUAAGACUCAACAGGAUUCUGUGCAUUCUGCAAAGACAGAAGAGCAUCUUGUAUUUAAGCAAGAAGAACAAGAUCAUAGUCACAUAGUGAAGACUGAGACAGGAUGGCCUGGUCAGCAUGCAGUGUGGCAGCAUGACAAUGAUGAAAAUAUUCAAGAAAUGAAUUCUGCUAGUCUUAUAAUUCCUGAGGUGACAGAUAUUAAGAAAGAAAAUCAAAAUCAGAGACAAAAAACUGUUACUGAAGUCACCAUUGAUUCUGCAACAGAAAGUAGAAGUGAUGCCAAACCUUAUCAGUGCCAAGUGUGUUUAUGUUGUUUCAGUUUUUCAACCCUACUAAAGAACCACAUGAAGAUCCACUCUAAGUUUAAAGCUUACAAUUGUACUCCAUGUAGCGUUGUGUUACAAAGAGUAGAUACUUUAAAACAGCACAAGGAAACUAACAGUAAUAAGAGAUCUCACCACGGUGAUGAGAGACCUCACCAGUGUAAUGUAUGUCAUGUAGCUUUCAAAAGAUCAGAUGUCCUAAAAAAGCACAUGGUGUCUCACAGUGAUGUGAAACCUUACCAAUGCAGUUUGUGUAAAGCUUCAUUUAAGUUCUCAACUUGCUUAAAAAGGCACAUGGUGACUCAAAGUGAAGCAAAAAAUCACUCUUGUACUGCAUGUCCUUUGGCUUUCAAAAGAUUAGAUUACCAAAAAAAGCACAAACCUUAUCAGUGCCAAGUGUGUUUAUGUUCGUUCAGUUUUUCAACCCUACUCAAGAAACAUAUGAAGAUCCACUCUAAUUUUAAAGCUUACAAUUGUACUCCAUGUAGCGUUGUGUUACAAAGAGUAGAUACUUUAAAACAGCACAAGGAAACUAACAGUAAUAAGAGAUCUCACCACGCUGAUGAGAGACCUCACCAGUGUAAAGUAUGUCAUGUAGCCUUCAAAGGAUUAGAGCACCUUAAAAGGCAUAUGGUUAUUCACAGUGAUUUGAAACCUUACCGAUGCAGUUUGUGUAAAGCUUCAUUUAAGUUCUCAACUUGGUUAAAAAGGCACAUGGUGACUCACAGUGAUGUGAAACCUUACCAAUGCAGUUUGUGUAAAGCUUCAUUUAAGUUGUCAUGUCAUUUAAAACAGCACAUGGAGACUCACAGUGACGUGAAACCUUACCAAUGCAGUUUGUGUAAAGCUUCAUUUAAGUUGUCAAAGCAUUUAAAACAGCACAUGGUGACUCACAGUGAUGUGAAACCUUACCAAUGCAGUUUGUGUAAAGCUUCAUUUAAGUUGUCAUGUCAUUUAAAACAGCACAUGGAGACUCACAGUGACGUGAAACCUUACCAAUGCAGUUUGUGUAAAGCUUCAUUUAAGUUGUCAAAGCAUUUAAAACAGCACAUGGUGACUCACAGUGAUGUGAAACCUUACCAAUGCAGUUUGUGUAAAGCUUCAUUUAAGUUCUCAACUUGUUUAAAAAAG